AUAUUUGGACGGCGCAUACAUAGCUAAAAACGAAGUACAGUGCAACGCCAUAAUUCACUAAUACAUCAUAAAUCGUUGAAAGUACCCGCGUUAUAACGACCAAGAGAAAUCUAACAAAUCAAGCGCCCCUUAGCACUCAGCUGUAAGCCUGCAACUCUCUAAAACAACCUAAAUGAGCUCUUACUUUGUAAACUCGUUCUCGGGGCGCUACCCAAAUGGCCCCGACUAUCAACUGCUAAAUUAUGGACCCGGCAGCGGCGCAAUGAACGGCGGGACGUACAGGGACUCUUCCUCCGCCAACAUGCACCAUGCUACGGGCUCUUACGGCUACAGCUACAAUGGCAUGGACCUGACCGUCACCAACCGGGGAGGGGGGAGCAGCGACGGCUCCGCCAGCACCGGAGGACACUUCGGGGACUCCCGGGGCUUUGGCUCCCCGGCCCCGGAGACGGGCUUCAGGCAGCCGUCCAGCUGCUCCCUCGCUUCUGCGGGAGACUCCCUCCUGUCAUCCGGGAGUGGAGACAACAAACUCGGCGCCAGGAGCUCGUCUCCCCGUUUGGAGCAACCAGGAAGCGGAAUUCUGAGCUCUCCAAACCUAUCCUCCACCUCCUCCUCCUCUGGCGGUGGCGGCGGCGGCACGGCGCAGCAAUUCACGGAGCUAGAUGACGCUUCAGAGACCGAGGAGCUGCAGCCCGGCCACGGCAACCCGCCACCCAGGAGCGGGCAGAGGCAGGAGGGCGGCCCGGGGGGAGCUGCCGCUGGCAGCACGGCGGGCAGCGAGGCGCCCCCGCAAAUAUUCCCUUGGAUGAGAAAGCUGCACAUUAACCAUGAUAUGACAGGCCCGGACGGGAAACGGGCACGGACGGCUUACACACGCUACCAGACUCUUGAACUGGAGAAGGAGUUCCACUUCAACCGGUACCUCACGCGGCGGCGACGCAUUGAGAUCGCGCACGCGCUCUGUCUAACGGAGCGGCAGAUCAAGAUCUGGUUCCAGAACCGGAGGAUGAAAUGGAAGAAGGACAACAAACUAAAAAGCUUGAGCCUCGCCACUGCGGGCAGCGCCUUCCAACCGUAGAACUGAACCCAUUUUAAAAAAAAAUCCACACAACCAGGGAAAAGAAGGACAGCAGGAAAACAGACAUAAAGUUGAAGAAUAACAUCAGAAGAAUCCACGGUGAGGAAGAUGAAGAAACGUGUACAAACAGAUUCUAAAUCUAGAUUUUAAAAAAACACUUCCUCUCAUUAACUUAGUACUGUACAGCAGCGCAGCACUUUUUAUUUCUCCGGCAUGUCAGUCUUUGGUGUUUUAACGCGUACACAUGACUGUGGUACUUGUAUAAAAAAAAAAAAAAAACACAAACGUAGUGUUCCUGUAUGUUGUCGUUUAUAAAAGCUGUCCGGAGCAGAGGAGUUGAGAUAAGGAAAGGAUGAAGGAUGCUACCUAAUUUCUACUUACGUCCUACCUUACAACCUUGCUACCUACCUGUUGUUUAUUGUCUGAAUAUCGUUUUAAGCGCGAUGUUUAAUAUUUGAAAAUGUGCUUUCUAGAGAUGUUAGCAUGUGAGCUCUUAUUGUAAGUUGUUUACAGUCAAUAACGUGUGUAUAGCAUUUAGUUUGAGUCUAUGUCAGUGAGUGCUCCUAUUUUUAUUUAGGAAGCAGUGUGUGUGUGUGUGUGUGUGUGUGUGUGUGUGUGUGUGUGUGUGUGUGUGUGUGUGUGUGUGUGUGUGUGUGUGUGUGUGUGUGUGUGUGUGUCCAAAAAUAAACAAUCCAUGUUGUGUAUAGCUCUACUAUUCAAAAAAAAUGUAACUGUAUAUUAUUGUUAUUAUUAUUGUAAUUAUUGGACACAUGUUUCUGAAAGGAUGUACAUAGAUAUAUAUUGACAUUUAAAAAAAUGUCCAGUUGGCUAUUUGUAGUUGCAGUAUGUUCAUGUAUGCCUGUGUGUGUGUGCGUGUGUGUGUGUGUGUGUGUGUGUGUGUGUGUGAGAGAGAGAGAGAGAGAGAGAGAGAGAGAGUGUGUAAGUGCGCGCAUGAAAGAAAAAUGGCUACCGUAAGCCUGUAAGCUUUCUGCCAAUCUGCCAAUGAGCUUUUUGUAUUUGUUUGUAACUUGGAGUAAAAAAAAAUCUACAAUAAAGUUUCUCAUACUCAUGAAAAGCAGCUGCUCAUGCAACAAACUUCCGCACAAA